AUAUAGAAGUCAUACAUGACCGCCUUACAAUUUCCUUUCAAUCCUUUUCAAGCUUCCCCAGUCUUUCUUCCUUCUCUUUUCAGUCUUCACCGUCUGCCUCUCAUUCACACACACACACACACCAGAAUCAUCUUCUCCAUCAAUUUUUCUAGGGUAAAGAUUGAAGCUUUCAAGUUUAAUCACAACAAAGACAUGGUGAGUCCAAUUGGUAAAAUGGAGCAUCAAGAAUUCGGUCCGCCAUGGUUGAUACCAAUGUUAAGAGCUGAUUACUUUGGUUCUUGUCGUUUUCAUGGAGAUGCUAAUAAAAGUGAAUGUAAUAUGUAUUGUUUGGAUUGCUGUGGUGACUCUCUUUGUUCUUAUUGUUUGAUUCACCACAAAGAUCAUCGUGUUGUUCAGAUAAGGAGAUCUUCAUACCAUAACGUGGUUAGGGUUAGUGAGAUUCAAAGAUUUCUGGACAUUACUUGUGUGCAAACCUACAUUAUCAAUAGCGCGAAGAUCGUGUUCUUGAACGAACGACCACAGCCUAGGCCGGGCAAAGGAGUCACCAACCAUUGCGAGAUCUGUGGCCGGAGCCUCGUUGAUGCUUUUCGGUUUUGUUCCCUUGGUUGCAAGCUUGGUGGCAUGAAGCGCGGUGAUCGAGAACUAAGCUUCACCCAUAAGAUGAAACACGGCCGCGAUGGUUACGAGUCGUACGAGCCAUUGACACCGACACCGAAGAAAGUGAAAAGAUCGCAUUUGUUCAAUCAGCUUAUCGACACCCAUAUCUUUCAGUACAAUCUUUAUGGUCGAAAUGGUCAUUCCGACAUGUCAUCUUCAUCUACAUCCGGUGAUGAAACGACCGCCAUCAUGUCCCCUGGGACGCCACCUCUUUUCAACCACCGGAAUUCCAGUAGGAGAAAGGGCAUACCUCGGCGGGCACCAUUUUAAUGAUCGAUCGAUGAAAACGUCAAGGGUAAUAUGGUAAUUUGACAUGGGUUCAAUAUCUACGUUAUAGAAAGGUGAAUAUACUAUAUGGGGAUAUAGUGUAGUUGUGAAAAAAGAUGAUACAUAAGUUAGUAUAAGGUGUUGUGUUGAUAUACAUACAUAUUUAUAUAAAUAUGUAUUUCUUUUUGAAGUUAGGAAAAAGAAAGAAAAAUGGUGAAAAUUAGGUUUUAUAUGAAAUGUAUAGAAGUAGAUACAUUAAUGUGUGCAUGUAAAUAUUAUGUUUUUAUAUGAAAAUUUAUAAUAUACGGAUGUGUAUACAUGGGUA